AUGCCUGAAUUAUUAAGGAAGUUCUUUAUGCAUCCUGCUGGACCCUUUACCAUAUUCUUUUGGGCUCCUGCUAUCAAAUGGGGUAUAUCUGCUGCCAACUUAGUUGAUUAUAAGAGACCUGUUGAAAAGGUUAGUAUCCCUCAACAGCUUGCUUUAUUCGCCACUGGUGUUAUCUGGGCUCGUUGGUCAUUUGUUAUUACACCAAUUAACUACAAUUUAGCAACUGUUAACGUGUGUCUAGCCUCUACAGCAUUCUAUCAUUUGAUAAGAAAGUUGGUAUACGAUCCCUUCCCUACUACUAAUGAUGAUGAUGUCAAGAAGACGACUGUUACUACUACGUCCUUAUAG